CCCUUGCGAGCCUCUCGCGUUUCCAGUUUCAACACGGCAAGUUUCUGCGACGCGGGAAUGCCGGCCACAUCAUUGUGUUCCCACUGGAACGGUUACCCCUGCAGCAUCGGAUAAUCCGUCUCGCGACAUGUUCCUGCAAAAAGCGUUCUGCGGGCCGCCCAAACAUCCGAUUUCCCCAGAUAAAUAGCCAGCCGCUUGGUGCUCCGGCAUAAGAGUCUCAUAAUUGAUAGUAUGUUUUUUUUAAUGUGGCCAAAACAGGCAGAUCUCUCGAGAAUUACCUCGCCGGGUUUUCACGUUCUGUAAAUGCGGAGGCCAGCGUCAAGCAGUUCCCCGUAUCUGCAUUUCUAGUCCUGCACUCAUUGUCUGGUUGCCAUCUAACUCGGAUCACUCGUUGCGGCUUGUCGGUCAACGUGAGACAAUCGCACGAUCUGCGACGCAGCGUCCUGGACCGGCUCACGCGCGCGCUGCGGUCCUGUCUCCCGCGUGCUGUAGCGUGCAUCAGUCUUCGUCGUUUCCGGAUUUCAACCCGGUUCCAGGGUGGAAAACUUUGCAGCUUCCAAUAGUGCCCGACGAAAUGUGUGGAAUCCUCGCCAUUUUGAUGUCCAGUUUGAGCCGAGACCAGUUGCGACAACUGGCUCUCGAGCGCUCGCGCCUGAGCGUCUUUUACCGAGGGGGAUUGGAUCAAGAGUGUAUGGGUAAAAGUCUGUGGCUUCGCCACCGCGGACCCGACUCGAAUGGCGUCCAUGUGCAAGAAUACUCCACGACCUUGUGCAAUGCACUCGCCCACGAGCGCCUGGCCAUCGUCGAUCCGGCGACUGGAAAGCAGCCUUUGUGCGACGCGUCUGGCACAUUUGUCUGCGUGGCGAACGGAGAAAUCUACAACCACGUCGAACUCACCAAGACAUUGCUUCCCCCAGAGGAAGUUGCCAAGUGGAAAACGGCCAGCGACUGCCAGCCUCUCCCGUCUCUCUUCAAAUUCCACGGGCCGAGCAUUUGCGACAAACUCGACGGAAUUUUCAGCUUCGUCAUCAGCAAUGGCGCCACUGGCGAAUUUAUCGCUGCCCGCGACCCUCUGGGGGUCUGCUCGCUGUACGUCGGCUACGCGUCGGACGGGAGCAUUUGGUUCGCGAGCGAGUUGAAGGCUUUGACGAGGGACUGCGAGCAAGUAACAGUUUUUCCUCCGGGGCACUUCUAUCUCUCGACCAUGAACGAAGGCAAGGGUGGUUUCCAGCGAUACUACAACCCAUCUUGGUGGGGGGUGGACAAGCCGCUGCCGACCUACCGCUGCGACCUGGGCCAACUGCGAGAGGCGCUGGAAGCUGCCGUCCGCAAGCGCCUCAUGUGCGAUGUACCUUUCGGGCUGAUGCUGUCUGGCGGGGUCGACUCGUCCAUCAUCGCUGCAAUUGCCGCCAAAGAAUUUCAGAAAAUGUCUGCCACCGAAAAAGGAAGUCACAUCUGGACCAACCAGAUCCACGCGUUCUCCAUCGGCCUCAAGGACGGCCCCGACAGAAAGUUCGCGAAAAUGGUUGCGGAUAUGCUGGGCACUGUCCACCACGAAUUCACAUUCGAGCUGGAAGAAGGUCUGGAUGCUCUCGACGACGUGAUCUACAUGAUCGAGACUUACGAUAUCACGACUGUUCGCGCCUCAGUGCCCAUGUAUCUUCUCUGUCGGAUGAUCAAGUCUCUGGGUGUGAAGGUCGUCCUCACCGGCGAGGGUGCAGACGAAGUCUUUGGCGGCUACCUCUACUUCCACAGUGCUCCAAACAGGGAGGCUUUCCACCGAGAGUUGCAGAACAAGCUCAAUCUGGUGCACUUCUAUGAUUGCUUGCGCGCCAACAAGACAUCGAUGGCCUGGGGAGUCGAGGCCCGUGUCCCCUUCCUCGAUCGGGGCUUCUUGGAUUUUGCCAUGUCCAUCGACCCCGAAGACAAGAUGUGCACGAACGGGCGGAUGGAAAAACAGAUUCUUCGAGACGCAUUCAAAGGGUAUCUGCCUGAUGAAGUUCUCUACCGCCAAAAGGAGCAGUUCUCUGACGGAGUCGGGUACGCGUGGAUUGACCAUCUGAAGAGCUAUGCAGAAAAAAAAGUAACGGACACCAUGAUGCGCAAUGCGAAAUUGCUCUUCCCAACCAACACUCCGGUGACAAAGGAGGGAUAUCUUUACCGUGCGAUUUUUGCCAAGCACUACAACAAAGGCAGCGCGGCACGUACGGUUCAUACAGGCCCGUCAAUCGCCUGCUCCACGGCCGCUGCACUUGAAUGGAACGAAAAAUUCCAGGAAUGUAUUGAUCAGUCUGGAAGGUCUGUCGAUGUCCACCAAUUUCAUCAAGGGCAUCGGGAUUAAGACAGCCUUGUAGAGUGUCGUUAGGUUGUAAUAGAGAAUGUUCUAACAUUUAGUCAAAUGGACUGGAGAGAAUCGAAGCUCCAAUAGAGGGGAAGAUUUCGCUAGAGGGUGUCCUCCGGUAAAUGGUAUUCAACUCAUCAACCGUGGGGACACUGACAUUCGCCUUGUAACAGCACAGUGUUCUUGGCGUAUUUAUUCCGCUCAAGGAGGACAGUGGUGACAUUUCCUUUCCUUCUGAAAUGUAUAUAUGUGUAGCCGUGCUUCGUGUCAGACAUAGAUGGGAAGAAUGAAUCCGGGAAUACAUUCACGGCGCUUGUACUGGCGGUACAACACGGUGGACACUUUGACGCAUACAGCGUUCCCGCAGUAAACAGAAUUAAACAAAUAUAUGUAGGCAUUUUACGAUAUGUAUAUGUUUAGCCCCCCCCCCCCCGAGCACCCUGGAGGGAUCACGGAAGAAAUCCGUACAAAACAGGCGAAAGGCGGCUCAGUUGGUUGGUAGUCACUUCUGCGUGACUACCAUUUUUCGUGCGUAUCCGUGCAUUUUCGCAGUGCAUGUUUACAUAAGAUGGUUCAGAAUGGAUUUUGUAGCGUUCUCGUCCCGGAAGAGAGUUUUGUAGCGGCUCCGCUAGUUCAGGUGACAGCCCACAACAUUUCCAGUUAACCGUGCGAAUAUGGAAAAUUGUUUUUCUUAGUAAGAAAUGAAAACCUCGAAGAGAGCAAAGUGAACGUCGAGUGUGUCUGUCGAUCACGCAAAGGCAACGUGAACAAUUUUCACUGGAGACAGGUUUUACUUAUAACUCCUGUUUGGGUCACUUACAAGGGAAACUGAACCGUACACUUCGCUUGAAGCACUGCACGCAGAAACAAAGACAGACGGAGGAAAUUCCUCCAUGAAGCUAAAUAAAAGACUAUACAUACGUGGUCAUCCUUUCACGCUGUGGGCCAGCUCUAAGGUCCAAAAAUAGGAAGUGCAUCGAUGUCACGUGUCAUAACCGGGAGUGGAUGGCUCGUCGCCUACCUCGCCUAUGCAGCUACCACGUCACAGCAUUAUUUAGCCUCGCUGUAAUUGUGCUGAGGAGAUGCUGCGCUGCAUUAGGAGCCCAUCAACGUGUCUGGAUUGUUUCCUGGCCAAUGUAGUUUCUCAGAGGUCAAUUAGAAGCAUCCUGUUUGGCGGAAAGCACAUCCGGAAAACCAGCGCAAACGCCCUGGAAGCAUCUCUUCAUGUGGGAUAUGCCGCUUGCAAUAAAAUCUAGAGAGCAGGUUAUGUUCAUCAGCGACACUGUCUCUUAUGAUUCCGUUUCGGGUCCUCUAGAUUGCAUGUGCAAACAGUUCCUGCUACCGAAUCCAUUGGCAUUUAUGGUAAACCAGUUGAGAAUGAACGCUUGCGGAUAUGAAAUGGAUCAGCAGCAGUUUCCUGUGGUGGUGUGGUUAUGUACUUUCGUAUUAUCAUAUCUGUAAUUCAAAAACGCCUCUAACUCCACUUCUGUCUAGUCACGGCUGGACCAGCCACAGCUUUAGGUGUCCUGUGGAAUGGCAAUUUUACACAACAGUUGAGCGACGGCCGUUUGGGGCAUAAACGUGAACUCCAGAGCACCGCAAAACACUUCCCACUUUCCGGGAUACCAACCCUGUUUUUCAAGCCUGCGGCUCCACUGAGUUGUCACUUGUGCAGAGCGUGUGGAAUGGCAUGCGAUGCAUGCGCAGUAAACAGACCUGCCGCGAAGGCUCCAGGGCGUUCUGUCAACAGAAACUGCCGCUUUUCAAAAUAAAAGUAGGAGUGCACCGGGAUGUACAGUGUGUCUGCGAAGCUAUUCCUGGGCCAUCCUCCCAGGCCACGGGGGAAUUGAGUUCUGUCGUAACGCCAUGGGCGCUCAAAUUGCAACUGCACACUGCGCUGGUGGAUUUCUCAAAACAUUCGGCUCGUCGAUGCUGCACUUUUCAUGACAAAACGAAGGCGUUAUCGUAGUCUAUUCUUUCACGUCUGAGCAGUCACGGCCGCGUAUUUACACGGAACACUCAUGCAGCGGAUGUUCUGUAGGACGAAGACACAGUUCUCUAGGCUCUGUGAGCAUAUUCUGCUGGGCAGGCUCCAUCGGCCCAUGCACACGUUCCAGUGAUUUCAUGCCUGCGCGAAGGAAGGAACGUCCAGUUCUGAUAGUCCAACUAUGUGUUUCCUUUUCACUGGAAAUCAGACUGUCCCGACUCUCACGACCACCCGUACUUUGCAGCAGUCUCAAAAUUGAAGCCCGUGAAAAACUCAUUCUGACACUGUUCACUCGCAGCACGCAGCAAGCGUCACUCUGAAGUGGACUGUCAGAUAUCACACUUCGGACUCAAAGAAAAGCAGUCGAGCACUGGCCUCUGCCAGCGAGGUGGGGCAGUCGCUGAACUUUAAGGCGCUCCCAGUCAGCCGGCGCGUUCAGAAACGAUGGAAGACCGUGUGAGACAUGUAUCUGGAACAGCAUUAUCAAGUGGUCGCCGUGCGACGUCCUACCUCCAAGGACAGGGAAGCAGGCAAGGUGAUAUAACAACUGGAGGGGGUGUAGCGACCAAGCACAGCGUUAUCGGUGCGUCAGCCUCUGAUGCGAAUCGAAAAACGAGGCUCCCACGUUUCCGGCAGUCUGUUGGGAGUCAAAAGCUCGCCUCACCUCGCGCCGCUCGUCGAUCAAUUUACGCUACGAGGACGAAAUUUGAUACACGGGAAUCAGGUGGCUCACCGGGACUCGCAGGAACGUCAUUUGAAGGACAAUCGUCCCUGGAUCAGCGUGCCGGUAAACCAGAGAAGACUCUGGCUUUUAAAAUUUGUUUUGUCCGCCGUCACGAUGAGUUCUGGUCAGACAAAAUAUCAGUAAGAUCUGACAAUGAGUCUCCUCCCGAGAUUUUGUGCUUGCACUACGAUAUCGCCGAGCGGAAUAUGUUCCUUGGCCUAAGCAACGGGACGCUCAUGGCCUGGACAGACGCUUUUGAACCUGCCACUUCUUCCGAUCCUCAGGCGUCUAGUAACGGUCCAACGGUUAUGAAAGCACAAGGUCAUUCAGGCGCAAUCAGUUCUUUGGUUUUCCUCAGAACUCUUGCUCCGGACCGGGCUCUCCGAGACGACUGCAAAAAGCCACGGAAUGACCAUCCGCCAGGUGUGCCCGCCUCAAGUUCCCUGCAAGCAGCGCUUGUCUGCUCGAAAACUGUUGAGAGGGAAGGUGGAUUCCUAUUCACGGGAUCUGCAGACAGGAACAUCAAGCUGUGGGUUGUGGAACAGCGGAAGCUUGUAUGUGUGCGGACUCUCUGCUUUCAUGGAGGCACUGUUGUGUCCCUUGCAUACUGCUUCCCAUACCUUUUCUCUGCUUCCACCGAUGGCACUGCGCUGGUAUGCCGGGCUGAACAGACGUCGGGGAGCCUGAAAUACCCCCAUUUCACUGUCGUCGAAAGAGUUUUCGCC